AUGGAAAAUUUUAAAUUUUCAUACACCUUAUUCUUGUUUUGCUUUCUAACAUUUGAAUUAUGUAAUCGUGGAGAGUUAAGGAAGAACUUUUAUCGUACGAGCUGUCCACAUGCCGAGCAAAUCGUGCAAAACAUAACUUGGAAAAAUGCAGCAAGCAAUGCUGCAUUGCCUGCUAAGUUACUUCGGAUGCAUUUCCAUGACUGCUUUGUUAGGGGUUGUGAUGACUCGAUUUUGAUAGACUCGACUACGAAUAACACAGCAGAGAAAGAUGCGGUUCCAAAUAGGUCGUUGGCGGGAUUUGAAGUCAUCGACGAGAUCAAGACUCAGCUCGAGCAGACUUGCCCCGGUAAGGUAUCGUGCGCUGAUAUUGUCGCCCUAGCGGCCCGAGAUUCUGUUUCAUUUCAAUUGGAUAUGUCGAUGUGGGAAGUGCUAACUGGCAGACGUGACGGAAUCGUGUCCCGUGAUUCGGAGGCUGUGGCAGAAAUCCCUUCACCCUUCUCCAACUUCACUACCCUCAAGCAAUCUUUUGCCAGUAAAAACCUCACGGUAAAAGAUCUCGUUGUACUCUCAGGUGCACACACGAUUGGCAUGGGACACUGCAACUUGUUCAGCAAUAGGCUGUACAAUUUCACCGGAAAGGGCGACGCAGAUCCGUCGUUGGACGCUGCUUACGCUGCUACUCUGCGAUCGCAAUGCCGGAGUUUAUCAGAUAACACGACGACGGUGGAAAUGGAUCCGGGCAGCUCGUUGGUGUUUGACAACCGUUAUUUUUGGACGCUGUUACAAGGGCAGGGGCUUUUUCAGUCGGAUGCAGCGCUUCUGACCAACAAUAUUGCAAAUGGGAUUGCGAAUGAGAUGUUGAUUUUCGGAAAAUUCUUAACGGAGUUUAGCCAAUCUAUGAAGAGGAUGGCUACUCUGGGGGUUCUUACUGGGAAAGCAGGAGAAAUUAGGAAGAAAUGCAGUGUUGUGAAUUGA